AUGGGCACUGGUUCUCGAGAGCGCGCUGUGCUCUCGAUGGCGACGCGUGGUAUCUUCUCUGCGGCGACUUGGCUUUUUGUGCAGCUCAUGAGACGACGCGCUCUUCCGGGGCCAGAUUUUCCGCCUAGGCAGGGAUGCACGGACCAGAUGCCGCGUCAGUUACGUACUGUCUGCGCAGCGCGGGUCUCAUCACGUGAUGGUGGAAGCUGGAACCGGGUCCGUCCUCGGAUUUCGGAGGGCGCCGUUCAACCUCGGCACCUUAUCUUGUCUAUAUCCCGGCACCCUAGCGGGGACAUCCGCUUCCCAAGGUACCUGGGAAUGUACAUUUUGUGCGCACUUCGUGCCUACUUGGUGCAGACGACCAAAGCCCGUGCUCGGCUGUCGCCUAUCCGCCCGCCAGUCCGUCUCGCCGACCCAGCCCGCCGCGCCAUGGCUCAGGAACAACAACUCCCAAGCCUGCCUCCUGUCCGCGGCUUGCGUUCCCGCCCAGACCCGGCGCAGACCGCCGUCCUCGACCUCCUCUUCGAGCCCAGCUCCACCAUCCACUCCACUCUCCUCCCCGUCCUGCAAGCGGCCGAGUAUUCCUCGUACCCAGAGCUCAUCGACGCGUGUCACGGCCGGCUCCGGUCCCUCGCCAGCUCCCGUAGCGCCUCCGACUCUGCGCCGCCAACACUUCUGUCCGUCCUCGGGUCCCAUCCUCGCUUGGGCGAGAAAAAGGUCGACUCGGCCCAAUCGGUCGCCGAGCAGGCCAAUCUCCGCGGGGAGGGCCAAGAGCUGGCUGCGCUGAAUCGAGAGUACGAGAUUCGCUUUCCCGGGCUCCGCUACGUCGUGUUUGUUAAUGGCCGGGCGAGGCCUGAGAUUAUGCGUGACAUGAGGGCACGAAUAGAGAGGAACGAAUUCGCCACCGAGGUCGAUGCGGCGCUUCAGGUAGGGAGGGCGUCACCGCCCCUUGCCCGAUGA